CUCAGCUGUCAGUGAUGGGCUCCCGGCAUGCCCCGCGCGGAGGGCACUUCCCGGCGUGCAGUGCGGCUCCAUGCUGAUGUCCUGAAGAUGCCGAUGAAGGGGAGAUUCCCGAUCCGCCGCACCAUCCAGUAUCUGCAGAGCGGAGAGGUCGUCUUCAAGGAGCCCGUCCGGGUUAUGACUGUCAACUACAACACCAGGGGGGAGCACGGCCAGGGGGCCAGGAAUUUUGUGUUCUUCAAUAUCCCCCAAAUCCAGUACAAGAACCCCUGGGUGCAGAUAAUGACCUUCAAGAACAUGACACCGUCGCCCUUCCUGCGGUUUUAUUUAGACAAGGGCGAGCAGGUUCUUGUGGACAUCGAAGGGAAGACCCACACGGAAAUUGUCCAGCACGUGAAGAAGAUCCUGGGGAAGACUGAGGAAACCCUAAAAGCCGAGGAGGAAGCCAAGAAGGUUCUGUCCCACCCAGCAAACUUUGGCCCCAAGAAGUACUACCUGCGGGAGUGCAUGUGCGAGGUGGAAGGUCAGGUGCCCUGCCCGGGGCUGGUGCCGCUGCCGAAGGAGUAG